AUGGGGGUGAACAUCCCAUUGCUGGGGAAGGGUUUGGCCUACUCUGAAUCAUUCUCUUCCCUUGCCAAGCUGUGGGGCUGGAUCUCGCUGCUGUCUCCAGGGACCUGCAUUACUAAUCUUCCCUCUUCUGUGCUCCAUGGCCCCAAAACUCUGCUCCAGUCAACCAGUGCCCUGCUGAUACUGGACCUAGUGGUGAGAAAAAGCUUUGUCCCUGGUGUACUGGUGGUUGGGCACAGCCUUGUACCAGUUAACAACGGCUAUCUCCUUGAUCGAUGUCUUUACUACUUUCAGGAUGGCCUGCAGGUGCGUGUGCAGAGAAUGGAGAAGGAGCUGGAGCUGCUGACCGCUGACUUCCGGGCUUGGCUGGACUGGGGCGGUGGACCGUCUGAAACCAUACGCCUCCCUCCCCCACUGACACCAGCCCACAUCAUCAAGCUGCUGGGCAAGGUAACCCUUCAGAGACUGGAUGAGCUUCGGAACAUGCUGCCCUUCGAGUCGCUGGAGAGGGUGCAGGCUGACAUCGCCGCCAUCCAGCAGAUGCAUGAGGAGCGGACGGAGCCGGCGCUGCGGGCAGUUGGUUGCAAUACCAAGAUGUUGUUGCAGAAGGUGAAGGAAAUGGAAUCUGCUGUGGAAAGGUUAACAGAUGAACAGAAGCAGCUACUGACUGCACUGGCACUGCUGGAGGAGCAGCUCAGCCAGACACGGCUGGAGCUGCAGGCUGCACGUGCGGCAAACAAGGACAUGGACUCCAGCAUAGUUAAAUAG